CCACAAUAUAUCACUAAUUAGUAAAAUAACGGAAUUGAGGAGAAGGAAAAAAAAAUCGCAUCUUGGGUGUACUGCAGCUCGCUCUUACUCCUCUCUCUUUCAUCUUUUCUCCGGACUCACACCGGAGAUUCAUACGGCCAUGAACUGCCUUCAGAACCUUCCCAGAUCCCCUACAGCCCCUUUACAUGCCAUGAAAAACAACUCAAGAAGACCUCCAAUCUUGAAUCUGGGGAUGAUUCGGGGCGAUCUUGGUGGAAAUAUCGGCAUGAAUGCAUUUUCUAUUUCUGCUUCCAGUACUGAGAAGAGUGAUGCUGAAGUGCAGGAUGAGAAAUCUGACAUAUAUAGCAAUAAUAUGACACAGGCAAUGGGUGCAGUGCUAACAUAUAGGCAUGAACUUGGAAUGAACUAUAAUUUUAUUCGUCCAGACUUGAUUGUUGGCUCCUGCUUACAGAUCCCAUCAGACGUUGACAAGCUUCGCAAGAUAGGAGUGAAAACCAUUUUCUGCUUGCAACAAGACUCAGACCUUGAAUAUUUUGGGGUUGACAUUGGUGCCAUUCAAGAAUAUGCCAUGAAAUUCGAUGAUAUUGAGCACUGUCGUGCUGAAAUCAGGGAUUUUGAUGCAUUUGAUUUGAGGAUGAGGCUUCCAGCUGUGGUUAGCAAAUUACACAAGACCAUAAACCGUAAUGGUGGUGUGACUUAUGUACAUUGCACUGCUGGUCUUGGAAGAGCUCCAGCCAUUGCGCUGGCUUACAUGUAUUGGAUCCAAGGCUAUAAACUUAGUGAAGCACAUCAACUACUGCUGAGUAAGCGACCUUGCUUCCCGAAACUGGAUGCCAUUAAGAAUGCAACUAUUGAUAUUCUCACAGGUCUAUCCAAGCACCGUGUCACUCUAAUGUGGGAAGGUGAUAACUGCUCCUCGGUAGAAAUAUCUGGACUUGAUAUCGGAUGGGAGCAGAGACUCCCUCUGAAAUUUGAUGAAGACCAAAGAUUAUGGAUUGUUGAGAGAGACUUACCUGAAGGAUGCUAUGAAUACAAGUACAUAAUAGAUGGUGAUUGGACAUGCAAUAAGUAUGAGUUAGUAACCAGACCAAAUGAUGAUGGCCAUGUGAACAAUUAUGUCCAGGUCUUGAGAAAUGACUCUAGUGUGGAAACUAGAGAGCUACGAAAGCGUUUAACUGGUGAAGAUGCAGAUCUCACAAUGGAGGAACGGCAAAUGAUCAGAGAUUAUUUAGAGUCCAUAUAGCGAGUAGCAAGGAUCUCAGACAUGGAUGGGCACGUUUGGUUGGUGAUGGAAGUAAUCAUGCAAGAGAGGAACAGUAAAUCACCAUGCAACUUUAAGUACACAACCUAUAUAGAGUGCUAAAGAUGAAUGCCAUGUCAGAUAUGUGAUUAUUCAAUAUCGCAAUAUAAGUUCAUCCUAGUCUUGCCCAUUUGCUUCCCUCUUGGGGAUUCCUGAAUGCUCAAGGGCACAUGAUCCAAAUAAUUGGAACAGAAUAAUCAGCGAGCAACUCACUUUUGCCUCAAAUUUGCAUUAUUAUGGACAAACCCUUGCCCAGUUGAGAGCAUUGCGCUCUGUCCUUAAAACAUGUUGGUGAGACUGCUAUCAAUCUUUGUACAGAAACUACUAUAAUUCUGACAUUGAACUGGGCUUUUUGCUGUAAUCACUGUUCUUCUAAACUCCCUAUGUCUUAAAAUUUCAAAUCUGAGCAUUCGCCAAA